AUGUCGGCGGAAGUGGCACCCAAGAAACGAGGCAGGCCCAAGAAGGUCGCGCCUGCCGUUCCACAACAGGGCAAGAACAAGAAUUCCCUUGUUGAGGAAGCGACACCCGUUGCUCCUUCCUCCUCAAAGUCGAAAUCUCGCACUGUUACCGCCAAGGCUGCGAUUGGGGGAAAGAAGGCUUCAUCUUCGUCGUCAACUUCAGCUUCAGCUUCGAAAACUCCCACUGGUGUUGGUGAUGAUGCACCAACGGUCGACUCAGUUGCUGAGGUCAAACCAAGUGUAGCACCCAAGAAGAAGACCAGCAAAGCCACUGCACAGCCUGUGGAUGCUGAUGCCAGUGAAAAGCUGGCUAAUGUGGAAGUCCCAUUGCAGGAAAAUUUGUCUCGCGAUCAGACGCCCACCCACCCAGUCUCUGAGAUCCUAAAACGGGCAGAUGCAUUUGUCAGGGAUUCAAAGGUGUUGAAUCAAGACUUUUCUGAUUUGGUGCAGAGUCGAGAAAAUGAACAUGCUCGACUGCAAAAGCAAGCCGAUCUCCAGAACGAGAUCUCGCAGCAAGAAAACCAUACCGACGGCAUCUUUCCUUCAUCCGCAUCCUCAACUCCAGCACAAGUCCCAGGAUCAGUCCUGCCACAAUCAACAUCACCGCCCGAGCCAAAGCUAAACUCGCCAUCAUACCCUGCCCAUACACAGCCUAGCAAUCCCAUGUCUUUUUACCAACCACCGAUCGACUUAACAUACCGCCCAAAGUAUGCCCUGCCAUACAGCACAACAACAGCAUUAAAAGCCCGCACUGCCUCUCAAUCUCAACGCCCAAACCUCCGUGCAGCGCCACCCCCACCCCAGUCCCAGCCUGCCAACUCUGGCGAAAGAUUGCCUCCCAAACCCUCGGAGAUGAGUGCGUCGCAAUUAGAGCGCGAUUCGAGGUACCGUUCCCAGGCUCGUAGCCUCAAGUCAAAAUACCUAACAGUCGUGCUCGCAUUGCCCAUCAUGAUUGCGAGUUCUUGGUUUCUGCUGAAGAAGGUUCACGAAGAAAGAGAGUAUCGGGCUGGACGGCUCCCGGGCAGCGGAAAUGACGUGUCGACAGGAGUGGUCCAACUGAGAGAGGGGACCCAAGUCAAACAAUUAGAGCAGGAUCUGGCCAGGACGGUUGGUCCACUUGACGAGAAGACUAAAGCGCUGGAAGGGAGAGCUGCAGUGGUAAAGGACGAGGCUAUUGGGGCUUCAGAGAGACAACAGAGCCCAGCUCCAGUGUCCGUGUCGGCACUUUCACCGGCACCAGUACAGAGCGAGAAGAAAAGACUCCUCGAAGAGUGAUGGCAAGUUUGAUUGUCAGAGAAUCUCAAGUGCAUAUAGUGCAUGCACGUAUGUAUGUUGGACAUGACUUAUGCAUGGACAUGGUCAAAAGACAUGAAAAAAAAACAUCCCAACUCAUCUAAUCACGAUGGCAAUUGCAAAU